AGUCAGUUUCCUGAGCCACCACUUCUUUUAUGUUUUUAUUUUUAGAGACAGAGUCUUGGCAUGUGUCCAGGCUGGUCUUGAACUCUGGAGCUCAGGUUCUAGCCUAUAGGAACAAGAUAUUUUCAGUAAUGGAAGAAAGAGCUUCCAGGCUGGGGAAGAUCAUUGUUUCCAGUGGUAGCUUGACCUGAGAUGAUACCUGACCACAACUUCUGGGAAGGCCCAGAAUAGACAGAAGAGAGAGAACAUCCUAGAGUUGCUAGCCCCUAAGAGUUGAAGGAAAUGGCCAAGGCCCAGCUGAAAUAACAGGAAACACCUGAAAAACGCCACGAUUGUAAUGUCUGUGAGGAGAGAGCAAGGCAGUUCUUCAGGGGAGGGGUCAUUGUCAUUCGAAGAUGUGGCUGUGGGCUUCACCAGGGAGGAGUGGCAGUUUUUGGACCAGUCUCAGAAGGUCUUGUACAAGGAAGUAAUGUUGGAGAACUACAGCAACCUAGUAUCAGUAGGGUAUCAAGUCACCAAGCCAGAUUCGCUCUUCAAGUUGGAGCAAGGAGAACCCCCAUGGAUAGUGGAAGGAGCAGCCCACAGUCAAACCUUUCCAGGAGAGAAACCACAUGAAUGCAGUGUGUGCGGGAGAGCCUUCUCCAGGAAAGCACAGCUUAUUCAACAUCAGAGAACUGAAAGAGGAGAGAAACCCCAUGGAUGUGGUGAAUGUGGGAAAACAUUCAUGAGGAAGAUUCAGCUCACUGAGCAUCAGAGAACUCACACAGGAGAGAAGCCCCAUGAAUGUAGUGAAUGUGGAAAAGCCUUCUCCAGAAAGUCACAGCUCAUGGUCCAUCAGAGAACCCAUACGGGAGAGAAACCCUACAGAUGCAGCGAAUGCGGAAAAGCCUUCAGCCGGAAGUGCCGGCUCAAUAGACAUCAGCGAUCCCAUACUGGAGAGAAACUCUAUGGGUGUGGUGUGUGUGGGAAAGCCUUUUCUCAGAAGGCAUACCUCAUUGCACACCAGAGACUUCACACAGGAGAUAAGCCUUAUAAAUGCAGUGAUUGUGGAAGAACCUUCUAUUUUAAGUCAGACCUGACCAGACAUCAGAGAAUUCAUACAGGAGAGAAACCUUAUGAAUGUAGUGAGUGUGAAAAAGCCUUUAGAAGCAAGUCGAAGCUCAUUCAGCAUCAGCGUACUCACACGGGAGAGAGACCAUAUUCAUGCAGCGAAUGUGGCAAAGCCUUUGCCCACAUGUCAGUCCUCAUUAAACAUAAGAAAACUCACAUAAGAGAGACAGCCAUAAAUUCACUGAAGGUGGGGAAACCUUCCUCAAGGAGUCAUACCUCCUUAUACAUGAGUGAACUCAUACAAGAGCAAAAGACUGUGAACACAGUACCUAUAGAAAUGCCUUCCUCAGGAACCCCGCCAUUGUUAAACAGGAGUGAGUGCCUGGUGGGCAGAAAUGUAGUGAUUGUGGAACAACCUUUUCCAAGAAAUCAAGCCUUUGUAGUUAAUCAGGAAUUUGAACAGCGAAUAAGCCUCACGAAUGAAGUGAAUGUGGCCCCAUCAGUAAUAAAUUAUAUCUUGUAUCUUACAGAUAUUGUAUAAGAAUAAAUCUUCUGAUACCAGAAAGGGGGGAAAAUCUUUAGUAGGAAUCCUCCAGCCAUUAUAUGCCAGAGAGCUCAUUUAGGGCUGAAACACUGUGGAGGCAGUGGUUGUGGAGGACAUUUCAGUGAGAAGUCAAACCUGUUGAACGCCAUUGAAAUCAUGUUGGGUAGAAAUGCAGCUGUUGGCCGGGCGCGGUGGCUCACGCCUGUAAUCCCAGCACUUUGGAAGGCCGAGGCGGGCGGAUCACGAGGUCAGGAGAUCGAGACCAUCCUGGCUAACAUGAUAAAACCCCAUCUCUACUAAAAAUACAAAAAAUUAGCCGGGUGUGGUGGUGGGCGCCUGUAGUCCCAGCUACUCAGGAGGCUGAGGCAGGAGAAUUGCUUGAACCCGGGAGGCGGAGCUUGCAAUGAGCUGAGAUUGCGCCACUGCACUCCAGCCUGGGAGACAGAGCGAGACAACGUCUCAAAAAAAAAAAAAAAAAAAAAAAAAAAAGAAAUGCAGCUGUUAUGAGGAAGUCUUUACCUGGAGAUGAUAUCUCAAUUGGUAUCAAAAGAAUUCUUACAGGAAUAUUUAUGAAAGAUUGUGAUGGUGCUUUUAGCGCUAAAUUGUGCCUCAUGUGCCAAAGAAACAUAGACAACUGUAGAGGCAAUGGAUAUGGAAAACAUUUUUAGUAAAAUUUAGAGAAUUUAGAGAAAAGAAAAACUCUUGAAAGUAAGAAAUGAUGGCAACUCACCAAAUUAACUCAUGUAUCAUACUUUUAUGUCUUGAGAGUCUUGGAGGGACGUGUUUAAUGAAAUCUUGAACCCCAGGAAUGGUAUUAUGUAACAAAAACCUAUGAAUAUAACAAAUAUGGAAGUAAAAUUGUGUUAGUUUCUUAUGAGUGCUGCACCAAACUAACACAGAUUUAAUGGCUUACAACAACACAAAAUCAUUAUCUUACAGUUCUGGAGGUCUGAAGUCCAAAUGCAUCUCACGGGGCUACAUCAAGCUGUUGACAGGGCUGCUUUUCUUUUUGGAGGCUCUAGGGGAGCAUCUUUCCUUGCCCUUCCAGCUUCUAGAAGCUGCCCAAAUUCUGUGGUUUGGGGCCUCCUUUCAAAACCAGCAAUGGCCAAUCAGUCUUACAUCACUCAAACACUUGAGUGUUCUGUCUCCCUCUUCCAUAUUUGAGGACCCUUGUGAUUACACUGUGAAAACCCAGAUAAGCCAGGAUAAUCUCCCUAUCUUAUUAUGAUCCAAGUAUGUUAACAUUUUAUUCUAUAAUCAGAGAAUCUUAUGCUAUGAUUGUUAUAUGUGAGCAUUAUAGAUGCUCUUGAAAUGUUAAAAUCACAUCAGCACUGGAAAAUAACUCCUAAAUGUCCAAAAAGAACAUGAGAUUUAUGAUGCUUGAAAUGUUGCUAAACAUAAAUUUGUAUCUAUUCUGAAAUUAUAUAAAUUAACCUACCUGGCCAGGCACAGCGGUUCACACCUGUAAUCUCAGCACUUUGGGAGGCCAAGGCAGGAAGAUCACUUGAGCCCAGAAGUUUGAGACCACCCUGGGCAACAUAGCGAGACUAUCUCUACAAAAAAAUAAAAAUAAAUAAUAGCUGGACUUGGUGGUGUGUGCCUAUAGUCCCAGCUACUUGGAAGGCUGAGGCAAGAUGAUUACUUGAGUCCAAGAGUUCUAGGCUGAGUGACUGUAGUGAGCUAUGAUCGUGCCACUGCACUACAGCCUGGGUGACAGUUAAUAAGACUCUGUUUCUAAAAAAGGGAGAAAAAAAUCUAACAUACUUUAUUAUGAGUACGGAAUGCAUAUGACAUAAUGCACCUGGAUAUUGACUAACUUUUUCAUAGCCAACCCAAACAGUCCCUUUUUCUUUUACAGUAAAUGUCUAAUGUAUAUAAUCUCCUGCCUUAAAUAUCUAAAAAAGAUGCACAAAAUAUAUGAAUGAACUUCAUCAGACAUUGAGAAGUAAAGGGCUCAGGACAGCUUUCCAUGAGAGAAAGGAAACAAUGAAAUGAGCCUUAUGAUUGCCCCAGCUUAGUGCCUGGAGGAAGUUUCCAGUCUGCAGGAUUGAGAGGAGAAACCCAAGCAGAUCCCAGCCAUCUCUCUGAAUUGAGACAGAGUUUAGGGUUUGAGGAAUUCAAGGUGGCCCAAAUUCAUGAGUUGGAUUAUUGGAGAAGAGCUGCACUCAAGAAUUGAGAGUUCUAUAGAGUUUCCCCCACACGCCUUUUGAGUCAUAAUCAGCAUAUGUAUGUGAGGAAACCCCCACUAGGCUGGAGGAAGAACAGGAAGAAAUGAACACUGAGAAAAAUCCUUGGAUUAUAAACAAGGUUGGGAGUAAUCGGCAUUUCCACCAGCUGGAAUGGAAACGCUCCUAACGUUUGGAGAAUCACAGGGGACCUUAAGUAAGGAGUAUUGCCUCUGUGGGUGGCUCAGAUUUGCUCUAUAGUAAAGGCUGCCUUGAACCCUCCUCACAAAGCAUACAUGCAAGCCAUGAAAAGGCCAUACUUUCCACGUCAGCAGUUUUCCAGACAGAGACUAAUAAAGAAGUAGAAAGCAAUCUAUCAGUCAGUGAUUGACCAUGUCUGGCAUCCAAUCAAAACUUACCCAGGUGUGCAAAGAAGCAGGAAAAUAUAACCCCAUAACAUGAAGAAAACUCAGUAGAGACCCAGAAGUGGCACACUGAUAGCAGAAAAGGAUGUUAGAAAUAGCUGCUAUAAAUGUCCCAUAUGAAUCAAGUGGAUUACGAAAACUAUAAUUUACUGAUGGGUUCCCCCCACCUGAACAAGGGGCAGAUGAAGCUCAGUCUACGCACUGGACCCAAUGCCCCUAGGAUGUUCAUCCUCCCAGGGAGGGACCAGAAGGAGGCAAUUGCCAGCAAUCGGCACCAGGUUCCCUGAUAGGGAGAAGCAAGCUCAGCUGAAUUUGUGGAGUGUAGUCUACCCGGUGUUUAGCCCCUCUUUGCCUUUUCUAGGACUGAGGCUUUUGAGCAAGGCUGCUGAGCUUCCUAGGAAGUGUAGUUUGGCCAUGGGCAGUGCCUGAGACACCUGUGCUGGGCAGUUGAGAUUUAUGGGAAGUAUAGUUAGGAGGCCUAACAACUUAUUCUAGUUAGCGGCUGGUGUGUCUUGACUGUUUAGCCCCUGUAGGGGUUUCUGGCACACAUCUGCCUUUGGCCAUUUUUCUCCACAUUGAAGGGGGCCAGCCCCUCCACGCCUGUGGGUGCUUCUCAUCAGCUGGGACGAGAGACUGAGAAAAUAAAUAAGACACAGAGACCAAGUAUACAGAAAGAACAGUGGGCCCAGGGGACCGGUGCUUAGGAUACGGAGGACCCGCACCAGCACUGGUCUCUGAGUUCCUUCAGUAUUUAUUGAUCACUAUCUCUACCACCUCGGAGAGGGGGAUGUGGCAGGACUAUAGGGUAAUGAUGGGGAGAGGGUCAGCAGGAAACGUGAGCAAAGGACUCUUGUGUCAUAAAUAAGUUUAAGGAAAGGUGCUGUGCCUCCAUGUGCGCAUAGGCCAGAUUUAUGUUUGACUUUACACAAACAUCUCAGUGCAGUAAAGAGCAGUAUUGCUGCCAGCAUGUCUCACCUCCAGCCAUAAGGCGGUUUUCUCCUAUCUCAGUAAAUAGAAUGUAUGAUUGGAUUUUACACGGAGACAUUCCAUUCCCAGGGACGAGCAGGAGAGAGAUGCCUUCCUCUUAGCUGCAAAGAGGCCUUCCUCUUUCACUCCUCAGCACAGACCCUUUAUGGGUGUUGGGCUGGGGGACAGUCAGGUCUUUCCCUUCCCACGAGACCGUAUCUUAGGCUGUCUCAGUGGGGAGAAACCUUGGACGAUACCCAGGCUUUCUAGGGCAGAGAUCCCUGCGGCCUUCGGCAGUGCAUUGUGUCCCUGGGUACUCGAGACUGGAGAAUGGCGAUGACUUUUCCCAAGCAUACUGCCUGCAAACACAUUUUUAACAAAGCACAUCCUGCACAGCCCUAAGUCCAUUAAACCUUGAGUCAAUACAGCACAUGUUUCUGCGAGCACAGGGUUGGGGCUAGGGUUAUAGAUUAACAGCAUCUCAAGGCAGAAGAAUUUUUCUUAGUACAGAUCAAAAUAGAGUUUCUUAUGUCUUCCUUUUUCUAUGUAAACACAGUAACAGUUUGAUCUAUCUUUCUUUCCCCCACACACGUGCAUGAAUUCUAUCUGGGUGUUCAAGGCAGUUGAGGAGGAUAGUAGUCAGAACCUUAGCCAGUGCUUGCUGGGGCUUCUGUAGGCAGCAUUAUGAGGGAAUUGGCCUUGGGCACAGUAAUUCUAAGCUCAUCUGGCAGUUCUGCUCUGGCCGGGGCAGACUUUGGUGGGUCAAACCCAGUUGGUUCUUGGUGAGUCUGCCUUGCUGUUUGGCUGAGAUGGGAAGCAGCCCUACAGAAUCCCAUUGUUGGGUGGGACAUGUUUGCCCUUGUUCUUCCUGCUCGUGUGGGCCAGAUGGAUCCCAUGUUGGAGGCUGGGGAGGGGACUCAGGGAAUGGGUCUUACUUAACCUUACUCUGCUGACUUUCUCCUUUUACACCCCAGAUGAAACUUUUUUAGGUGUGUAGGUGUCUAUGUGUCCUAUGGGGUGUCCAGAACUGGCCUAUUAACAACUGUAUCGCUGUUAACAGAAAGCUUCUAGAACAGUGUCUACAAUGCAGUGCUUUGAGGACUAAGUCAGCAACUUUUAAAUAGAACUUCUGUUACAAGUGGGAAGAUGAUUUAUGUAUAAAGAAAUUUGACACACUUAAAAACUUACAACUCCAGGUGCACAGAUUUACAGAUGCCAUCCACUUUGUCUUGAUUCCCAAUUUAGAACUUGGGUCUGUAGAUUCUAGAACCUGCCAGACCUCACAGUAGAAAUCCAGUGUCAGCUCUCCCACCAGAACUUACCUGGCUCUGAUCUCAUGCAAGGGAGAAGACAAUCCAGGUUCUCAUUGCCUUUCUCUGUAUCUGUAUUUAGGCGUGAGGGUAGAGGACUGGAAAUUCCUCAUUGGUGCUGAUUAGUCUGACCUCUGAGGGCUUUUUCCAACCCUAGCUUUGUUUUGUUUGUUUGUUUGUUUUUUUUGUUUUUUUGAGACAGAGUUUCGCUCUUUUGCCCAGGCUGGAGUGCAAUGGCAUAAUCGUGGCUCACUGCAACCUCCACCUUCCAGUUUCAAGUGAUUCUCCUGCCUCAGCCUCCUAAGUAGCUGGGAUUACAGGUGCCUGCCACCACACUCGGCUAAUUUUUUUUUUUUUUUUGUAUUUUUAGUAGAGACGGGGUUUCACCAUCUUGGCCAGUCUGGUCUCGAACUUCUGACCUUGUGAUCCGCACACCUCAGCCUCCCAAAGUGCUGGGAUUACAGAUGUGAGCUACCAUGCCCUGCCAGCUUUAUGUUUGUAAAAAGUUGUCCUUCAUUAAGGGAGGGAAAUUGAGUAAUUGUCACAAUUCUAAAAGCUGGGCCUCUCUCUGAAAUAUCUUCUUUACUCUUGAUAAGAGAUCUUUUGUCAGAUGUUCAGAAUCAGAAAAGACAACAGCUAGAUCAUACCUUAAAAAUGAUAGCCUUUUCCUAAGAACCGAAGAAAACGAUAAAAGCCCUGGUGAGGUUUUGCUUUUUACUUUUGCCUUUCUUUCCAGUGGCUUUGCAAGGCUUAAGACAAAUAAUUAUUAAAUGGAAAUACAUACAUUUCUAAUUUAAAAAUGUAAGGAAAACUAAACAGAAACCAUAAAAUCAAGGUUCAGGCAAAGGUAGAAUGAGGAAAUGUAGCUUCAAACAGAGUGCCUUAAGUUUGAAUACAGGUGAAUAAAUAUGUAAGAAUGAUGAUGUACUUAAGUUGUUUCUGAUUUCUUUCUUUCUUUCUUUCUUUCUUUAUUUUUUUCUUUCUUUCUUUUUUUUUUUUUUUUUCAGAGUCUCACUCUGUCACCCAGGUUCAGUGACAUGAUCUUGGCUCACUACAACCUCUGCCUCUUGGGUUCAAGUGAUUCUCUUGCCCCAGCCUCCUGAGUAGCUGGGAUUAAGGUGUGUGUCACCAUGCCUGGCUAAUUUUUGUAUUUUUAGUAGAGAUGGGAUUUCACCAUGUUGGCCAGGUUAGUCUCAAACUCCUGACCUCAGGUGAUUUGCCCACCUCAGCCUCCCAAAGUGCUGGAAUUACAGGCAUGAGCCACCACAACUGGCCUGUUUCUGAUGUUUCUGGUGUCAGUAAUGUAUUAAUUUUCUGUUGAUGCCAAAACAGAUUCUCACAAACAUUUAGCAGCUUGAAACAACACAAAUUUAUUAUCUCACAGUUGUUUAGGUCAGAAGUCUGGAUUGGCUUGACUGGUUUCUUUGAUCUGGGUUUCAAAGACUGAAGUCAAGCCAACAGGGCUCUUAUUGGAAGACUCUGGGAAGAAUCCACUUCCAAGCUUAUUCAGGGUGUUGGCAGACUAAUUGUGAGAUUUGUUUCUUUGCUGGCUGUCAGCUGGGGGUGGUUCUCUUAUUUAUUUAUUUUACUUUUUUUAUUUUUAACUUUUUUUGAGACAGGGUCUUGCUCUGUCACCCAGGUUGGAGUGCAGUGGUGCAAUCUCGGCUCAUUGCAACCUCUGCCAUAGUAGAUGUUGAAUCUGCCAAGCUGAAAGUGUGUCCAGAAACAUUUCUGUGCUGUUCAUAGACACCUCCCAUCAAGCCCAAUUAUAAGUGUUCAAGUCUUUGUCAUUUCCCGUGAACAGGCUCUCAAGCUACCAAACCAGAUAGCUUAACUUUUUUUUUUUUUUUUUUUUGAGAUAGAAUCUCGCUCUGUCGCCAGGCUGGAGUGCAGUGGCGCCAUCUCGGCUCACUGCAAUCUCUGCCUCCCGGGUUCAAGCAAUUCUCUUGCCUCAGCCUCCUGAGUAGCUGGGAUUACAGGUGUACGCCACCACACCCAGCUAAUUUUUGUAUUUUUAGUAGAGCUGGGGUUUCACCAUGUUUGCCAGGAUGGUCCCGAUCUCCUGACCUCAUGAUCCGCCUGCCUCAGCCUCUCAAAGUGCUGGGAUUAUAGGCGUGAGCCACUGCGCUCAGCCAGUGAUCUUUAAUUUCAAACAUGGAGAAGAGUCAUGGAGAAUAGAGGAUAAAAUGCAAGGUCAGUGCAUUUCAGGUGAGUGAGAACCAACAAGACGGGAGACCUGGAAAGUCAAGUAGCUGGCAUGAGGGGUGGACUCCUUCCAAAUGUGUUUAACAGGGCUAAGACUUUGAAGGUGACUACAGAUACCUCAAUAAUUGAUGAGGCUCUCUUUUGGUUGGCAUUUCAAAUAAAAUGUACCUUUUUCUCUCUUCA